UUAUCUAGGGUUUCCAGGCAUAUCGAUCCGGUCGAUGUCGAUGGCUUCGAAGAAGGUGACCCUGAAGAGCUCGGACGGCGAGGAGUUCGUGAUCGAUGAGGCGGUGGCCCUCGAAUCGCAGACGAUCAAGCACAUGAUCGAGGACGACUGCGCGGACAACGGCAUCCCCCUUCCCAACGUCACCAGCAAGAUCCUAUCCAAGGUCAUCGAGUACUGCAAGAAGCACGUCGAGGCGGCUGCCGGCAAGAACCCCGAUGACCGCUCCAGCGACGAAGAGCUCAAGGCCUGGGAUUUGGAUUUCGUCAAGGUCGAUCAGGCCACCCUCUUCGAUCUUAUCCUGGCCGCAAACUAUCUGAACAUUAAGGACUUGCUCGACCUGACUUGCCAAACAGUGGCCGACAUGAUAAAGGGAAAGACUCCUGAAGAGAUCCGCCGGACAUUCAACAUCAAGAAUGAUUUCACCCCUGAGGAAGAGGAAGAGGUCCGAAGGGAGAACCAAUGGGCUUUUGAGUAAAUGAACCCCCCUGACCACUGCUUACCAUGUGUUGAUCAUACAUAUACAUGACGGAGGUGGCAGUGGUGGUAAGUACAGAGUCAUUAAAUUAGUAGGGUUGGCGUCUUAGUAGUUUUUAAGUGUAUAGAGGGGUUGGUUGCAGACAGACUAUGGAUACUCGCCUCCAACAUCAGAUUUGCUUUCUUUCCUUUUUAUAUCCUUUUGCAUUCUACACUUGUGUUUUGGACCUUGCUUUCUAGUCUUCCAUGCUUCGGAUUCUUUUCCCUUUUUGGUUUAGAAUGAUGUGUUUUGCU